UCGACUGUCCUUAUGACAUCAAGUAAUACGCAUGCGGGUAGAAUAUUUUGUUUGAUCUUAGGGGCACGUCAGCAGUGGGAAAACGGAAAACAUUUCUUUUAGUGCUACGUCGGUGUUAGGAAGGGAUAGUCACUUAAGUUAACCAUGGACCAGGUUAUGCAGUUUGUUGAGCCCAGCCGACAGUUUGUGAAAGAUUCGAUCAGACUUGUGAAAAGGUGUACAAAGCCAGACAGGAAAGAAUUUCAGAAGAUUGCCAUGGCAACAGCAAUUGGUUUUGCCAUCAUGGGAUUCAUUGGCUUCUUUGUGAAACUUAUUCACAUUCCCAUCAACAAUAUCAUUGUUGGUGGUUGAAGACUCGUCUGAUCUACUUGCCUACAGAACUUUGUGACAGGAGAUAUCUUAAAUUUUUCACUGUAUUUUUGUAUGACCGAAUAAAGUGACAUUAAUUCUGA